AUGGCGCAGGGGAGUUCGCCGCCGCCGGAGAUCCGCUCGCCGGACGACCGGACCGCGGCGGAGGACGCCGAGGCUGAGGCUGAGGCUGAGGUGGAGGAGGAGGUCUUCGACGACGCCUUCGAUAUACCCCACAAGAACGCGCCGCAUGACCGGCUGCGCCGGUGGAGACAAGCUGCUCUUGUCCUUAAUGCUUCACGACGUUUUAGAUAUACUCUAGAUCUUAAAAAGGAGGAAGAGAAAGAGAUUAUAAGAAGGAAGAUCCGGUCCCAUGCGCAAGUUAUACGGGCAGCAUUUCUUUUCAAAGAAGCUGGCCAAAUAGAUAUCAGAGAAGCUUAUACUGGUAUAAAUGUUGCAACGGCCUCUCGCAGUUUUCCAAUUGAACUGGAAAAGCUUAACACAUUAAACAGGGACCAUGACAAUGUUCUUCUUCAAGAAAUUGGAGGAGUUAGGGGACUAUCAGAUUUGUUGAAGAGUAAUUUAGAGAAGGGAGUUAGUCCAAAUGAGGAUGAAUUGUUACAAAGGAGGAAUGUCUAUGGAUCAAAUACAUAUCCACGCAAGAAGAGGAAAAACAUACUGCGUUUUGUAUUUGAAGCAUGCCAAGAUUUAACUCUUGUCAUUCUGAUGGUAGCUGCUGCUAUAUCACUGACAUUGGGUAUGACCACAGAGGGUGUUGAUGAAGGAUGGUAUGAUGGUGGAAGUAUCUUUUUGGCCGUUUUCCUUGUGAUACUUGUUACUGCGACAAGUGAUUAUAGACAAUCUCUACAGUUUCGACAUCUGAAUGAGGAGAAACAGAACAUACAAGUGGAGGUUGUUAGAGGUGGUAAAAGAUUUGGAACUUCAAUCUUUGACCUUGUUGUUGGUGAUGUAGUUCCUCUCAAAAUUGGUGAUCAAGUUCCUGCUGAUGGUGUCCUGAUAUCUGGCCAUUCUCUUGCAAUAGAUGAAUCAAGUAUGACUGGAGAGUCAAAAGUUGUCCACAAGGAUCAAAAGGCACCAUUCUUGAUGUCUGGUUGCAAAGUUGCAGAUGGCUAUGGUUCUAUGUUGGUAACAGGGGUGGGUACAAAUACUGAAUGGGGUCAGUUGAUGGCUAACCUUUCAGAAGAUAAUGGCGAAGAAACACCGUUACAGGUUCGCUUGAAUGGUGUAGCAACUUUUAUUGGUUUGGUAGGCUUGUCUGUAGCUGGUGCAGUACUUGUUGUGCUUUGGAUAAGAUAUUUUACUGGACAUACCGAGAACCCUGAUGGGACAACUCAAUUUGUUGCUGGAACUACUGGUGUGAAGCAAGGAUUUAUGGGGGCAAUUAGAAUUUUGACUAUUGCUGUGACCAUUUUAGUUGUUGCUGUGCCCGAGGGACUCCCAUUGGCAGUAACACUAACGCUUGCAUAUUCCAUGAAAAAGAUGAUGCGAGACAAAGCUCUGGUGAGGCGGCUCUCGUCAUGUGAAACAAUGGGAUCAGCUACUACAAUAUGCAGUGAUAAGACAGGAACCCUUACAUUGAAUAAGAUGACGGUCGUGGAAGCAUAUUUUGCUGGAACAAAGUUGGAUCCAUGCGAUGAUGUUAGCCAGAUGUCAGACAGUGCAGCAUCACUUAUUAUUGAAGGAAUUGCACAGAACACAACAGGAACUGUAUUUUUGCCAGAGGAUGGGGGAGCAGCUGAACUUACAGGUUCACCUACUGAAAAGGCCAUUCUUUCUUGGGGCCUUAAGAUAGGGAUGGAUUUCCACGACGUAAGGACAAAAUCUUCAGUAAUUCAUGUUUUUCCAUUUAACUCGGAGAAGAAACGUGGCGCUGUUGCAGUACAGUCAGAUGAUGGUGUUCACAUCCACUGGAAAGGUGCAGCUGAAAUAGUGUUAUCAUCUUGCAAAAGCUGGCUUUCUGUCGACGGCUCGGUUCAGUCAAUGAGUGCUGAGAAGCACGAUGAAUUCAAGAAAUCAAUUGAAGACAUGGCAACGAAUUCAUUACGCUGUGUUGCUUUUGCAUACUGUUCCUUUGACAUUGAAAUGAUCCCAGAGGAAGACAUAGCAAGCUGGAAGUUGCCUGAGGAUGACCUGACCCUGCUUGGAAUCAUAGGAAUAAAGGACCCCUGUCGCCCAGGUGUAAGGGAUGCUGUACGACUGUGCACCACUGCCGGUGUUAAGGUGCGCAUGGUUACAGGAGAUAAUAUUGAAACAGCUAAAGCUAUAGCUCUGGAGUGUGGAAUACUAGAUGCAAAUAGUGUUAUUUCAGAGCCAGUUGUAAUUGAAGGAAAAGUGUUCCGUGAGAUGUCUGAAAGUGCAAGAGGGGAUGCUGCUGACAAGAUAAUUGUGAUGGGGAGGUCCUCACCAAAUGAUAAACUUUUGCUUGUCCAAGCUUUAAAAAGAAAAGGCCAUGUUGUAGCUGUUACUGGUGAUGGCACAAAUGAUGCCCCUGCAUUGCACGAGGCCGAUAUAGGUCUUUCAAUGGGCAUUUCAGGGACAGAAGUCGCUAAAGAAAGCUCUGACAUUAUAAUCUUGGAUGAUGACUUCACAUCAGUUGUCAAGGUUGUUCGUUGGGGACGAUCUGUCUACGCUAAUAUUCAGAAAUUCAUUCAGUUCCAGCUCACCGUCAAUGUUGCUGCACUCGUGAUUAAUGUGGUUGCUGCUGUGUCCUCUGGUGACGUGCCCCUAAAUGCUGUUGAGCUUCUCUGGGUGAACCUUAUCAUGGAUACACUUGGAGCUCUUGCAUUGGCAACCGAGCCUCCAACAGACAACCUUAUGAAGAGAAAUCCUGUUGGUCGAAGGGAACCUCUUGUUACAAAUAUUAUGUGGAGAAACUUGUUUGUUCAGGCCCUUUACCAAGUAGCAAUUCUACUGAUUUUUGAUUUUGCUGGAGUAAGGAUUCUGCGUCUGCAGAAUGAAAGCCGAUCUGACGCUGAGAAGAUAACGAAUACCUUCAUCUUUAAUACAUUUGUAUUUUGCCAGAUCUUCAACGAGUUCAAUGCGCGAAAACCCGAGGAAAAGAAUGUCUUCAAAGGGGUAACAAAGAAUCACCUAUUCAUGGGAAUAAUCGGUAUAACAACAGCAUUUCAGAUACUGAUAAUUCAGUUCCUGGGGAAGUUCUUCAAAAUAGUGAGGCUUGAUUGGAGACUAUGGUUGGUUUCAGUUGCUAUUGGCCUUGUGAGUUGGCCCCUGGCAUAUCUGGGUAAAUUUAUUCCUGUGCCCGUAAGACCUUUCCAGGACUAUUUUAAGCCUCGCUGUUGUCGGAAACCGUCGCGCCGAGACGAGGAGGAAGGUGGACAGACCUAA